UGUUACUCUCGCGGGCUUUGUUUUGAUAUGGCGGCAGGCUUCGAAAGUUUUUGUUGUUAUGUUUCUACUUUGGAAGAUUUAACACUCAAAACAUCUAUAUUCACCUAUGUCAAAGGUAAAACAUGUGUUUUAUACCCUCCGACAGUUUUAAUAAAUGUGUAUGCUGCAUCACAAUGUCACAAAACUACAUUUUAAAACUUUUUGCCUUUGUGUUAUUGUAGCUAACAUCGUCGAAGAUCCCUGCCUUUUAAAUGCAUCAAUAUUUGAUUAACACGAAAGUAUAUGUUUGGGGAUUAAUUUUAACAUUGCAUUAACAUAUGUUCUGCCCUCUGUUUCACCACUUCUGUUUUCGCCAUUUCGGUCUCAUCUCCUACUUUGAGAUGUUUUGUUGUUGCUAACCAAACAAACUCGGUUUAAACCGACUCUCUGCUGCCGUGACACUCCUUGAGCUAACGGCCAAAACAAGAUGAUCAUUUAUAGCCUCUGUUAUUUAAACUCCAACUGCUCACUAUGUUUAGCUGUCUUGGCACCGUUUAAGUCAGAGCAAGUGUUUAUUCACGGUGUGAUUAACCUCUAACCUGUCACUAUAAUCUGUCGCUCAAAUCCCGGAUUAGCGAGCCCUGCAUGAGACAGCGCGGUCAUCAUGUCAUCUCCAGCCGGGCUACACUUCACGCAGGCAGACUUCCUGGCCAGGUGGAUGCCAAGUAGCACCAGAGCCGGGGUGAUCCUUAAACCCUGCCCGGACUUGGCCGGCUCCAUGCGCCACAACUCCGCUGGGGGAUCCCCUCCCCUGGAGCCAGACGACUCGUUUGCUUCAGAUUUUGCCCCUCUGCCAGCCUCUGCAGACAGCAGCUGCAUAGGUGGGGAUGGAUUUGCACAGUCACCUGGAAUAGUGAAGGCUGGGUCUGACAGGCCAGUGAACGGGGUGCAAUCUGGUUUUAUGAGGACUUCAAAUGGAGAGUUGGACAGUCUGGAUGAGAUGGCAAACACAUCAAGAGAUUUGCCUCUAAAGAUGAAGCUGCAACAGGUAAAGACACACUACAUUCCAUUAUCUGUCAUCUUCCAUUACCUUAGUGUUUCUCCUAAGACUACAUCUUGUGUGACUCACCUGUAAGCGGUUGCAAAAGUAAAUACUUAAAGAACACAGGUGUCAAACUCAAGGCCCGGGGGCCAAAUCUGGCCUGUGCAACAAUUUUAUCUGGUUUAAGAGAUCAUCUUGUAUUUGCAUUAUUAUUGUCCCACCAGUGUGAAGUCUGCAGAUUUCCUCCAGUAUAAUAAUGUAAACUUUAGCACUAUUAUUUAAAACAUCCUUAAAAAACCACAAAAAUCUGGGACAGUAAAGAGUACAGAAGAUUUUAAAAUUAGUCAAGAAUGUGGGGGAAAAAAUUAUUGGUGUUUUAUUUCAUAUUUUCAAUUUUGAAUCCAAAGAUUACAAGUCAAACUUGAUUUGAUUUUUUCUUUCAUCCGUUGAUUUUUUUUCAACUCAGUAUUUGGACUUCUGUCAUUUUUAUACUUUCGAUUCCAAUUUAUAAUUUUUAAUGAAUAUUUUGACCUUUCAACAUGGUUUCAACUUUCUCCUCAUAUAUUUGCUCUUUAAAAGCAUUAUUUUUCUAUUUUUAAUAUCAUGUUCUGAUCUUUUGAACUAAUAAAUAAAAAUAAAAUGAAAAAUAAAAUAUUUUUUUCUAUCUUAGUUUGCCUUUAAACUUAUCUUUUGAACUUUUUUGAAUUUCCAAAUGAUUUAUAAUCAUUGCUUUUUUUGUUAUAUAUAUUUUGAAAUGGAGGUUGACAGUUGUGGUUAAAUGUUGACCCUGUUUGGCCCUCAGGUUAGACCUAAAUCCAGAUUAUGGCCCUUGCUGUGGUUGAGUUUGACACCCCUGACUUAUAAGAAUACUGCUGGAAAUACUAUUGGAUUUCGACUGUUCGACACAUUUGCCCAGGGUCCACAUCCAGUCUGAUUGCUUGUAUACACUCUGUUGAUGCUGAGAUUCCAACGCAAAAGCCUGCAGUGACAUAUCGAUAUUGAUUAACACCUUUUUUUUUUAAAUAAAAUUGAUUUAAAAGCUUAUACCACACAACAUACUUGAGUGGGGUUAUCAGUUGAUGUGGAUUUCUAGCAUUUAGUUGGGAAUUCUGUUUUGAUUAUAUCACCAGUUCUUAGUUACUUAAUCAUCCCCACGUCUAUUGCACGCUGUCCAAGACAAACCUCUUGUCUCUACCUGCUAUUAUUAGUACAGGCCGCCUGAGGACAGAUUAAUUAUGCUGGCAAGAACUCUAAUAGUAAAGAAAGUGUGAGCAUGCAAUGCAGAAAGCACUUGAAAGCUGUUAAAAGCAGUCAGUAGUUUGUGUCGUGGACGGCUAGGAUGGGCAGCCAGACACAAAUGAAUCAGCACAUAGUGAAACACUGGGAUGGAAUUACUGACAGCUCGAGGUUACAAGCGGUUAAUUACUCUGACAGAUCCAGUAAACAAAGGCUGAAGAAAGAGUUAAGUGCCUUAGAGUUCCCUAAAAACACUUGGAGGCACUUUAAAUAAGUGUGUUAGCUGGUAAUGCACUGACCUUACCUUAAUUUGAUGUUUUGCAAAUCAUUUUAAGCCUUUGUUGCAUGGAAAAUUUUGGAAAGACAACAAAUCAAAGGUUUAAAUGGAUUUUUAUUUUGUAUAGGAAGCUAGUACAAGACUGCUCUGUCCAUCUUUCAUCCAAUAAGAUAGAUUCCUGGAAAGUAGCUUACACAUGACGCUGCGGCGCAAAUGAAAGUAAUCAUAGAAUCAAGUUAAAUAGAUUAGCCUCAUUGUAUGUAAUCCAGCUAUUAGAGGACUGGUUUCACAUCCGAGUCAUGCCUCGGUCGUGUUAGCUGUAUGACAGUUUAGAUUAAGAUUGUUGUGUUCUUGUUCGUCCAGUUGAAGAAAUGGCAGCAGCACAUGCAGGAGCAGUUAAAAGCUCAUCAGUUGGAGGAGCUGCUCCGCCUGCAGGAGGAGCAGCAGAGGCUGCUGGGAAUGAUGAAUGGGUCGCAGGACUGUUCAGAAGGUAAGAAACAGAAACAAGAGAAUAACUGUGUAGACAAAUGCAAUAGCUGCAAAGGGCUCUGUUUCUCUGCAGUUAAUUGUAGCUCUUAUAUUGUCCAGUUUUCUCCUUAUAUUAUAACGUGACUGAGGCUUAUUUUUACACAGGAACUCCAUACAGCUCCGCUUUGAACAGCUGUAGGGUCCAACAGGGCCCCACCUAUGACCUCCACCAGGAACAAGAGAUGUCACUAGCAAGGAGACAGGCAGAGCAACAAAGAGAACCAAGUUAUGAGGGGACUGAAGAUGAGGCAGAGGGUGAGGAUAUUCUGUUGAGCUGAAGAUUAAAUCAGUUUUUUUACUUGUAUGUUUUCAUUUUUGAGUACAGCUGCCUGCACAAGCCAAAUUUAAUGUUAACUGAAAUGUUGACAGAGUUGUAGUGCUAAAUAACCUCCACUGCUCCUUUUUUAUGUAUUUUCAGGACCAUGGGACUCUAGAGAAGAAGAUGAAGAACAGAGCGGGGAUACAAGCAGUUUUUAUGAGCACGACGACUCACAAAAGAAUAAUGAAGCCUUGAAUAAAAACAGAAGACUAAAAGGAGAUCAAGAUUUGCAGGACAGGUAGACUCAAUAUUUAGCACAAGAUUAAGUGAAAUCCUGAACAAUUCAUGUUGUAGAAGCUAAAUGAGUGUUUUUUUGGUCACAUUGUCUGAUAUUGUGUGUGUGUCUUUGUUAAUAGGCCCAUAAAGUCUGGAUUUGGGGAUCAGAAGAAAACGUUUGAGGAGUUAUUAGAGGAGCAGCUGAAGCUGGAGGAGCAGAGACUGAAAAGUAGCCGGCAACAGAAGGUGAGAGGAUAUCUGAGUAGUGGAGGACAUUUAGGGCCAUAUAAUAGGUGAUCUAACCUGCUGAAUCUAUAGAACAAAAAUGUUGGCCUGAGAUUUUCCACCUAAACUACUUUGUCUUAAUGUAAAAUUAUAACAGGAGUCUUUUCAGGGAUCUCAACAAAGCAGAUUAAAGGCAGAAUCCCUUUGUAUCUUGGCAGAGGAUGCUUCAAAAUUUUUAAGAGUUUAUAAUGAAAAGACUAUUUAAUUAAAUCAUCUAAUUACCUCUGACUCUGUAUCUCUGCUGACCUCACCUAGACUAGAAACAUCUCCUGCCUGGUGGGGAAGGUCCAACAGAGACUCACUCCACUUCCUCAGGAAGCUGAAGCCAGCUCACUUUCCUCAACACCUGCUGAUAAACUUCUCAUGAACCGCAGUUGAAAGCCUCUUGACCUGCUGCUGUACUCUACAGUUUGGCAGCUUCACAGCAGAGGCCAAGAAGGACCUGCAGCGGGUGGCAGAGAGAGUAAAUAGGCUCACACUGUCACCUGUUAGAGACAUACAUGCUGACUGCCACUGUAGUAAAAAAGACAGUUGUAUUUUGAAGGACUCCACCGACACUCACAUGGGCUGGUCAUAUCAGCAAGAAUUUACAGAAUGAUUAAAACACAAACAAACAGACUAUCUGAAUGUCUUUAUAACACUAACAGCAUUUAAGAAUCUAAUCCAGCUUUGAAAACUCCAAUCCGCAAAUUCUUAAUCUUUGUCAAUCCAUUCAUGUCAUUUAUUUCCUUAACAUCUUCCAGCCUGGGGCUUUAAGUAAGACGGUCCUCUUUGCAACCCAUUGUGAAAAAUGUUCCGCCAGUCUUCUGUAGAUGACUGUGUUUCACUUUCAUUUUAACAUUUAAAGCAUCACAUUUCAUAUUCAUUACUUGGUGUAUCAUUGCCUUUGCAGGGCCAAGAUGGAGCUGAAGCUGCACAAUCUCGUCCCAAGAGGGCUUUUCUAAAGCGAGGCGAUGGCCUUUCGAGGUUUACCAACAAUCGCAAAGCCACGUCACCAAAAACUGAGGCGAAGAAAGACUCCAGAUCACAACCUCAGAUUAGAGCACUGCCUCGCAGUAAAUCAGAGCCUGCAUCUUUCCCGGGAGGUGGGUCUAAUGGUGUCCAGAAACAUCCCAUCCAGCGUAAAACGGCUUCACUCAAUAAGGAAAACAGAUCGAAGGGUGUCAGUUCACCACCUCAGGAUAUCAGAGCUGAGAGCAAGGCAGCACGGACGAAGGUUUUGGGUUGUCACCAGAGACAGAACACUGAUGCACAGCAGUCUGUACAAACUAACCCAGACAGUAGAUACACCAAACAACGUCAACCGGAGCAAAAUCAUCGGAAACUGGGUUUGUCAAUUCCAGCUUUUCCCAACGUGCAGCCAAACCCUGUAACGAAACAGGUGGGCAUGUUAACAGGGACAGUAAGAGCUGAAAAGGACACUGCCCAAGAGAAACUUUGUGGUUCAAGAGAAGAAUCGGCAGAGGAGGGAACUGGGUCAGAAGGAGAAGAAAAGGAAAGAGGAGGAGUUUCGCAGCAUUCGUUUGAGCUGUCGUUCCAGGAGAAGAUGAAGCACUGGGACUGCGACCGGCAGCUGGAGAGCGUGGAGCUGGGAGAGUUUGAGCUGCUGGAGCAAGCAGCAGAAGAACUGUCCUUCUCAUCCAACUCCUCCUUUGUCAUGAGGGUAAGUUAUGAAACCCAAUUCUUUAUAGCUGCAAAUUAAAAGUUUAGAAGCAGUAACAAGCCCUAUAAAGCUGUGCAUGUCAGUGUGGCACUUGUGCUUGGUUGUAUCAUGUCCCUUUUAUCCUGUACCCUGGAGCUAAUGAAUCUGAUCAGAUGGAUCAGAAUAAUCCUAUCAAUCUGUCUAUCCGGAGUCAGUUAAUCAAAUUGACUUUUGUGCUAGUUUUUGCUAACAACAUAGGAUCGGAUUGCUGUAAUCCAGAUUUUCAUCUCAAGUUAUCACCCUUCCCCUCUUUUGUUGUUUCCUUUCUCUCUGUACUCUUGGUAUUUGGAUCCAGCCAUAAAAUUCCUCCUUAAAAAAAGAAACAACUAUUGCAGAAAAACUCACAAUUACAAAAGUCUGUGUCAAAUGUGCAUUAGUUUUUUUAAACAUCUAUGUCUUAAAUUUGAGGCCAGUUACACUUUUUAAAAUCAAAGCAUAAUGCCACUAGUAGACUGUUUUACUUUGACAUUAAGGUUACAGCAGUGUGGAUCAGAAUGGUGGUGGAAUAAGAUGCAAGAUUCUAUUCAAAUACAGCAUUUUCUUGUCUUAAUUUAUUUUACAAAAGACUGUAAAAAAUACAAGAAAAUAAAGGAGCGCAUGGAAGGGAGUUAUUGAAACUUGUUAAAGCAUAAAUGGAAACCACACCUAGAAGACAGAGAGCAGCACAAAACCACCAACACAACCUAAAUGUCAAAAGUUUGUGUAAAACAGUAGAACAAAAAAUAAAGCAAGUGAUGUUGGCAAACCAAAGUUUAGCCUAUUAUUGAAUGUAGGGAAAUGUCAUGUGAUUUUAAAGACUCUGUUCUGUGCUCCAAGGUUCUUCAGAUGGACCAGCUGCAAGCAGCCAGGGGUCUCCCACCACGACGGCUCUCUUCCACCCCCAUCAAGUCUCCUCCUAAAGGCGCACCUCAGAGACGCAAUAGCAUUGGCAGCGGUGGUUGUUUAGCAGUCAAAAGUGGAACCGUGAACCCUGAAGUGUUUGUGGUGAAGAUCAGAGACGAUACACAGAAAAACAAACUGAGCAGUAAGAGUGUAAAUGAGAUGGACCGCAGGAAAGAAAACAGCCAUGAUGACCCUGACGUUUCAGCCUGUGGCACCUCUGACUUUGAAGACCAGGGUAAGCCACCAUCGUUUCCCAGCACCCUUUGCUUUCCUGCACAGUCUAACCUGCCGUAUGAUAAGCGCUCGUAUCAGGAUGAAGACAGCUGCAGAGACUCGGCGUCAGAUUUGACUCAGGUUGAUGACGGUGAGAGCGAUAGCGCCCUCAGCAAUGCAGAUGAGUCCACUUUGAUAGAGGACCAAGACACGCAGCAGGGUCGAGUUGUUUUUGAUGACAAUGACACUUGGAACGACCUGGAGGACACUGCAGUGAGCUCAGCCAGUGACAGCAGAGGACUCAGUCCAGUUUCCAGGGUAACGGCCAACACAGUCUCGCCGUCAGAGAGAACUAUGCAGAGGAAGGUGGCAGUGAGUAAAGGUGUGGAGAUGGACGUGGGGUCAGCCAAUGAAGAGCCAAAUCCUGCUCCGGCCUCCCAGCUCAUGACGAGGCUUUUCCCCUCACUGAAGCCAAAGACCCAGAAUGCACCUCUUCCCCCUCCUCCACGUCCUGCUGCUCCUGAGCCCAAAAUGUCAGAGGACGACACAGGUAAGGAGGAGACACACACUUGUGGUCUUGGAAACAUCACAGCUUGACUUACUAUACAGUAAGAGUAGAGUCCGAUAUUACUCUAUGAUCCCUGGUACAAUAGAUCACUUUGCAUCAUAUUUGCUAAUUAGUUAGUGAGUAACAAGUUGUCAGCUGCGCCUUGAGGCUGUCUACUUUUCCUAUUUAAUUCAAACAUCAGUUUAAAGUCAACAGUACAGCCAGAAAAGCUUCAUAAAGACGCACAUUUGUGGGUAAAGAAACAGGUUUAUUGGUUAAUGGCGAUGAUAUUCCAAAUAACUUCAUCAUGUAUCCAAAAAAACUCUCUUUUGACUUAUGUUUUCGGGUUUUCUCAGGUCAACAGAGUCAGUCCAGGCAGCUGAGAGAGAGACUGGUGGAACUGGAGAUCGAGAUUGAGAGAUUUAAGAAGGAAAACGUUGCUCUCACUAAACUCAGACAGGAGAACGAGAAAAAUCAGGAAAAUCUCAGGUGAUAUGUUUUAAAGCUUGCUAACAACAUUUCCAUUCAAAGUGCUUUACAGUCUUGUUAAAAACAAAAACAAACAAACAAACAAAAAUUAUCCCAGUUGCCCCCUUAUCCCCCACCCCCCACCCUUCUUAGGCUGAGCUUCUCUGAAUUUGUCAUUAGGAACCCAGACAACACAAUAGUUAUGCUACUAGCCUGUUGCCAUCAUACCAAAACCAACCUACUUUGUCAUUUUUGUGUUGAAGUUACAGUACGUGUUUGGCAUUUCCUUCCUGUAUCUAUGUCCACUUAUGCAUCUUUUUUUUUUUUCUAGGAAGGAGCGUCUGGAGUUUGAGAAGAUGAAGGCCGAAGAGCUCUCCAAACUUGAAGAGCACAAGAGAGAAGAGAACAGGAAGUUGCAGAAAGAGCGUAAACUGUUUGAGAAACACGUGACAGCUGCCAGAGCAAUCCCUGACAAGAAGGAACGAGAGGAAAUCCAGGUGUCGUACUGAUUAAACUAAGAUCUGCAGUUCACUUAUCAACCAUUUAGGCUAACAAUGGCAGUCUCUAAUCAUGGCAAAUGUUAUAAUCAUGUCACAUCUUAGUUUCAUUGCAAAUUGCAGAUCUAGAUAAAUGUGUUGUACAGCCACAAGAAGCAUAGAAGAUUUAGCAAAGCUGUGUGAACCCCAGUGUAAUCAAGAGUCAGAUCUUAAAAUAGGUGGGACUUCCCUUUAAUCUGUCCUUGUUCUCUCUCCAGGUACUGAGGCAGCAGCUGAACUCUCUACAUGAGGAGCUGAGGGGGAGGGAGAGUCGCUGGGCCUCCACACACGGCCGACUGCGGCAACAGAUCGACUCUUUGAACCAGGAGAACAGCUCUCUGAAAGAAGAGGUGACACUUUAACCCUGUUUACACCUGCAGUCUGGAUCUAGAGUCAUAAUGCGGGUGAAAAAAGAAAGCCUGUGUCCGUGAGAAGACUGCAAACAUAGAGCCAGAGCACACCUGCAAUUUGUCAGGCUUGCUUUGUGUCAAGGUUCACAAACUCUGAGCCAAAAUCUGCUUGUAAUAUUUUAAGAAGUUCUUUUCAACAUCUUCCCUGAGAAAACAACAGAUUUGAAAUAAACUAAAUACAAGGACUUUUUUGCGUGGCAUUAUCUGUGUCACAUUAUAAUAAAGGGAGAAAAUAGAGACCAAGAGUAGUAGAAGUAGGGACUAAGCUUGUCUCUCUGUCAGGAAUAAAGUGUUGGAGGCUUCAAGUGCUGCAAAGUCUUUGUCCACUAAUCCACCUGCAACUUCAUUUUAGUGGUCUUCACUCAGAAAAACACCAGACCAUAUCUGUUGGCAUUAGUCUGCAAGAAAUGAGACAUCAUGAUUAAGUUGAGGUAGUGGUCACUUUUAGUUUUUUUUCCGAUUUUAAAAGAAAAGCUUCUCUUCUCAUUUAAGAUCCGGAUGUUGGAAAAGCUUCGCCUCAGUGCCUGGAAAAAAAGCCCGGUCGAUGCAGAGAAGGACAAAGGUUCUAAAGAUGGUCCAAAAAUGUUUGAGACCAAUUUAACAUCUGUGACCAAAGGGGUGAAGUUUGCUGUAAGCAUGUUUGGAUCAUUUUAAUAUCUGUCUGUGGUCAGGAUGUGAAGAGAGUCGUGUAGGAAAAAAAGCGUAUUUGUGAUUCUUUCUCCUGAACCUGUUAGUAGAUUUAUCUCAAAAUAUUUUUAAAAUAUAUAAAAAAUAAAUCUUCAGAGACUUUCUGAUGGUGGUGGUACGGCAUUAAACCCCCGUUCUUUCAUUCAUUCAGAGUCCUCUUGACUCCAGAGGAAGCAGCAGCAGCAGUCCUCCUUUCAGCAGCACAGCUGCACCGACUGGAAAGAGCUUCAGAGAGAGCAGUCAGGCUGCUGCAGGUCAGUGAAGAGGUUCAAACUCCAUAGAGAUUAAUUGCAUUGUGAUACAUUUAUUAAAGAUAGAUUUGUGGCUCAUAGGGAGGUGAGUCAAAGUUUUUUCACAGGCCCUGUAUGAAGACUUCUGGUCAUGUGUCAAACUUUAUCAGUUAAGGUUUUCUAACUGCACCAAUGGACAAUUUUGUUCUCUUGUUAGCAGGGAUAAAGAGCAGCCUGAGAAAACCAUCAGCACCAGUCUCCUCUUCCUCAACCGCCUCUUCCUCCUCACUGCCCGGCAAUAGGAAGGAGGAAAAGCUAACUCCAGCCCCGAGCAAAGGCCAGGACAAACAGCCAAAUCAAGAAAAGUCACAUGACCACUCUCCAGUAAGAGACAUUGGACUCUCCUGAUGUAAAAUCAAUCUGUGCACAUCUGUGGACAAAUACAAAAGAAACAUGAAAUACUGUUGUUUAAGGCAUUUAAGCUUCUACAACUCCUAUUGAAUAACUUUGUCUUGUUGUAGAAAACGGACUCUCAGCUAGAAGAACCUGAACGCAGCGAAGCAAAGGAGCCAGAAUCAGCUCUGGAGGUUAUCACGCACCCGGAUGGGAAGGUGAGAACACAGGAUAGUGUGUCAUGUGAAAAUUAGACCUUGAUGAGAAUGUUGUACAAGUUAGUUGACUAAAUGUAGCUUGUAUAGCACUUUUUUUUCCAGACAGUCAGCCUGACUGUAAAAAGCUCUCAAAGUGAGGGUGAGAAUUUCAGAUUUAAUCAGACAGACAACAGGGAGCAAAAAAGUAGUCAGUUUUAUUUCCUAGGAUUUUAAGAGCCUUACACCGGUCUCCACAGAUUCAUCUUUGUUGAUUCGAAGCCUCUGGUCUUGUUUUUCCUUCAGACAGAGCAAGUCCUCGCGAGUGGAGAUCGCCUCAUCUCCUUCCCCAACGGGACCAAGAAGAAGGUUUCUGCAGAUGGUUCGUCAGUCAAAGUUACCUUCUUCAACGGAGACACCAAACAAAUCACAGCUGACCAGAGAGUGGUGAGGAGUUCAUGUCCCCAGUUCAUGAUUCUGAAUAUCUAAGCUCAUAUCUAAGCUUAUUUUAAUGGCUCUGCUCCUCACAUUUAGAUCUACUACUACGCCGAAGCCCAGACAACACACAUUACCUACCCAGAUGGCAUUGAGGUCCUGCACUUCCCCAACAACCAGACAGGUGAGUGAACCAUGAAGCAGUAAAAUUAACCACCAGAGAAAAGCUUCUCAAUGAUUCACUAUGGAGUAUUGUUUUCAUUUAGUUUAUGGCUGUAUUGUUUUAGUUACUAUUGACAUCGUUUGAUAUUUCGGCUCCAGAAAAGCAUUUCCCAGAUGGUCGAAAGGAAAUCACCUUUCCAGAUCAGACGAUCAAGAACCUUUACCCCAACGGUCGAGAGGAGAGUGUACUGACAGACGGGACCAUCAUACAAGUCAACCUGUAAGUUAAAACCGCUGCUCCAUCCCUACUUACUGCAGCACUUCAUGAUUCCUUCAAUUUCUAUGGUGCCUUCAAAUGAACCCAAGCUUGCUUUACAAAGUAGAGUAAAAAACAUGUUCACUGCCUUCAACUGAGAAUCUCUAACCAGUCCUACCAGCUUCUACCAUGUAGUUUAACAAGUCUCUGCUCUUUCAGAGACGGCACCAAGGAGAUCCACUUCAACACGGGUCAGAGAGAGAUCCACACAGCAGACUACAAGAGGAGAGAAUACCCUGACGGCACCGUGAAGACCGUCUACACCGACGGCAGGCAGGAAACACGCUACCCAACAGGACGGCUCAGGGUCAAAGACAAAGACGGAAACGUCAUAGUGGACAGCAGGGUGUAGGGACACCACCAGAGACCGGACACUCAUUUAAGAACGAUC